UAGGGGUUGUUCGAAAUCAAUAAUCUGCGACUGUAAUCAAAUCCAUCAGUAAGCCCACCAGUGUGUCACUGUAUUUCAGUACUACGACGAACGUGCCUGUAGUGAAUUUGAUGUGAUGGAUUCUUCCUCUUCUGAGGACGAUGAAUUUCAAAAACGCCUUCAAGACGUUGUCCAGGGAUCUGAGUUGGGUUUGAAAGCAUCGCAGCCAGCUUCUCAACGUAAAAGCUCGAAGCCGUCUCUUCGCCACAAACAAGAUGAGGACAGUGAUGAUGGUGGUGAUAGUGUUUCGUCUGCCGGCUUCAAAGCCCAUAUGUCCAAAAAGCUUUCAGCAUUCUUGGAUGAGUCUAUUGUAGAAAUCAGCACAUCGCCAUCAACCAACGUUGCUACCAAGAGCACAGAAUCUGAAUGGACCGGGUUGAAGCUGUUUUCUACAUCUGAUGGAAGCCGGGUUAAGACGAUAGUCGAGGUACAACGUGAGCUCGAUGCUCACCUACCACAGAGGCGUCGGCGACCGUCAGUGUCUUCAGGCAGUGAAGAUGAUGAUGAGGAGAUAAGAAGACUAGCUUCAGCUGCCGUCUGCGGGGAGGAUAUAGUUGAGAGGGGUGACAUGAAGAACACUGACCCAACAAUGGGAAAAAGUUCGGCGAAGGCGCGCCAAGAAGGUGUAGUCAUUGACCGGCAACCAGUUGCUUCCAUUGACUACACAGCCUUGCGUCCACCUGUCAAGGAGCAGGAAGUGCAACCUAAGAAGGGAAAAAAGAAGAAGAAAAAGAAGAAAACCGAUGGACCCUCUGACUCCUCUGACGACAAUGUUUCAGUGGCCAAAAAGGACGCAUGUGAUGAAUUGACGUCCAUCAAGGUGAAGACGAAAAAGAAAGGAGUCGAACUGGCCGAGGAGAAUCCUUGUGAAGACAUUGUGGCGGUGAAGCAUAAACCGAAGAAAAAGAAACAUAAAGAGUGCAAACAAUGAAUUGAUGUAAUAAAGCCUCUGGUAUCUAAUUCUGCAGGUCAGUGGUUGAAGUGACACUUCUGAGUUUCACAUUCCUGGUCCUGGGAUCGUGCCUUUCAUAGAUGUGUCUACUCUCCCGCUUGAAGCAGCGCACAAAUGCCAAUACUUCCUUGAAAAUGGCUGACUUUUAUAAAAUUAAAAUCUUCCUGCUUUCUUUCUUUUAAUUUGGAACUUUGUAGGGCAGUAUUUUGUAGACUGCUAUGUCCACAUAUGCCUGCUGUACGGUGAGGUUUGGAAUUUUAUUGUUCACAUCAGCUCA